AAAAAUAAGUCAUUUGUCAUGUCACAGAAAAAAAUUAAUUCAUUUGUAAUUUAAUUUUAAUAAUACAUUUUUGAAUUUGGAAGUUUGGAACCAGUAAUUUAGUUUAAAUUCGACGAAAUGGAGUUAAGUGGAGAUUCUAUAAAAAGAAAACAAAAUGUUUUAAUGUGUGACAAAGAUGGAAAUCCUCUAGAGCAACAUGUUAAUGCACAAGUAAAAUCUGAACUGGAAGAAUGCUUGUCUGAAAGUAAUUACACACAGGAUUCUUUAUCAAACUCGUAUUGUUCGGACGAUAUUAAAAUAGAAGAACAUGUAUUACAAUAUGAAAUAGAUAGCCCAUUCCCGGUCAUCAAGCAAGAAGUUAAGACAGAAAUAAAAAAAGAACUGGAUGAACAAAAUUUAGGAGUGAAUCAUGGUUGUGAAACUCAAUAUACGAAAGAAUUAGACUCAGAAGAAGAUGCAAAAUUACAGAUAGAAGCUUCGACUGAAAUACAUGAAAAUCAUGAAAAACAUUGUAGAAGUAUGAAAACAUCAAAAUUACUAUCCAACAUUGGCAAACAAAGGUUACGUCAGAACGGGAUUAAAACGAAAUCCAAAAGAUCGUUGGUAACUCACACUGGAGAAAAGCGUUACCAGUGUGAUAUUUGUUGUAAGAAGUUUAGUAAUUCGAGUAAUUUGAAAAAACAUUUUAAAGUGCACACUGGAGAAACGACUUAUAAAUGUGACAAUUGUUCCAAGCAAUUUAGUCAAGAUGGCAAUUUGAAAAGGCAUUUAAUAUUACAUAAUGGAGAGAUGCCUUACAAGUGUGGAAUUUGUUCUAAGCAAUUUAGAGAAGCAGGAAAUUUGAAAAGCCAUUUGAGAAUACAUACUGGAGAGAAACAUUACAAGUGUGAUAUUUGUUCCAAGCAAUUUAGUCGAAAUGGUGAUUUGAAAAGGCAUUUAAGGGUACACACUGGAGAGAUGCCUUACAAGUGCGAAAUUUGUUCCAAGCAAUUUAGUGAAGCAGGAACUUUGAAAAGACAUUGGAGAAUACAUACUGGAGAGAUGCCUUACAAGUGUGAAGUUUGUUCCAAGCAAUUUAGUCACGCUGGAAGUUUGAAAUCGCAUUUAAGGGUACACACUGGAGAGAUGCCUAACAAGUGUGAAGUUUGUUCCAAGGAAUUUAGUGAAGCAGGAACUUUGAAAAGACAUUGGAGAAUACAUACUGGAGAGAUGCCUUACAAGUCUGAAGUUUGUUCCAAGCAAUUUAGUCACGCUGAAAGUUUGAAAACGCAUUUAAGGGUACACACUGGAGAGAUGCCUUACAAGUGUGAAGUUUGUUCCAAGCAAUUUAGUCACGCUGGAAGUUUGAAAUCGCAUUUAAGGAUACACACUGGAGAGAUGCCUUACAAGUGUGAAGUUUGUUCCAAGCAAUUUAGUCAAGCUGGAAGUUUGAAAUCGCAUUUAAGGGUACACACUGGAGAGAUGCCUUACAAGUGUGAAGUUUGUUCCAAGCAAUUUAGUGAAGCAGGAACUUUGAAAAGACAUCGGAGAAUACAUACUGGAGAGAUGCCUUACAAGUGUGAAGUUUGUUCCAAGCAAUUUCGUCACGCUGGAAGUUUGAAAUCGCAUUUAAGGGUACACACUGGAGAGAUGCCUUACAAGUGUGAAGUUUGUUCCAAACAAUUUAGUCACGCUGGAAGUUUGAAAUCGCAUUUAAGGGUACACACUGGAGAGAUGCCUUACAAGUGUGAAGUUUGUUCCAAACAAUUUAGUCAAGCUGGAAGUUUGAAAUCGCAUUUAAGGGUACACACUGGAGAGAUGCCUUACAAGUGUGAAGUUUGUUCCAAGCAAUUUAGUCACGCUGGAAGUUUGAAAUUGCAUUUAAGGGUACACACUGGAGAGAUGCCUUACAAGUGUGAAGUUUGUUCCAAGCAAUUUAGUCACGCUGGAAGUUUGAAAUCGCAUUUAAGGGUACACACUGGAGAGAUGCCUUACAAGUGUGAAGUUUGUUCCAAGCAAUUUAGUCACGCUGGAAGUUUGAAAUCGCAUUUAAGGAUACACACUGGAGAGAUGCCUUACAAGUGUGAAGUUUGUUCCAAGCAAUUUAGUCAAGCUGGAAGUUUGACAUCGCAUUUAAGGGUACACACUGGAGAGAUGCCUUACAAGUGUGAAGUUUGUUCCAAGCAAUUUAGUGAAGCAGGAACUUUGAAAAGACAUCGGAGAAUACAUACUGGAGAGAUGCCUUACAAGUGUGAAGUUUGUUCCAAGCAAUUUAGUCACGCUGGAAGUUUGAAAUCGCAUUUAAGGGUACACACUGGAGAGAUGCCUUACAAGUGUGAAGUUUGUUCCAAGCAAUUUAGUCACGCUGGAAGUUUGAAAUCGCAUUUAAGGGUACACACUGGAGAGAUGCCUUACAAGUGUGAAGUUUGUUCCAAGCAAUUUAGUCACGCUGGCAGUUUGAAAUCGCAUUUAAGGGUACACACUGGAGACAGUGGCGUGCUGGCCAUAUAAAUGAAUCGGUGCAAUCACCUAGAGGCCGCGGCCUCUUGAGGCCGGUCAAAUAGUUUUUUUUCACAAAAAAUUUUAGAUGUACCAAAAAUAUUUUUUUUUUAAUUUCUAAUCGAAUGUUAAUUUUGCUAGUAAAUUUGCGAAAAAAACAUUUCAAAAAAAUUAAAUUUUUUUAAAAUAAUUGUAAAUUACAGUUUAAGUAAAUGAAUAAGACUCCAUAUACAUAAAUAUAUUGCUACAGAUAAUAUAUCUUUAUUUUCAUACAUACAAGUAUAUUUAUGGUUUUCCAAUUUCCUUCAAAUAUGUAUGUACUCUGCAGAAUAAAAAAUGGAAAAACGUCUUGCACAUUUUUGACCGAAUUAUUGGAAGUAUCGAGAAACGAUUUGAUCAAGACUAGGUAAUCGUUUUAUGAUGAUAUAUAAGCACCUUACAUCCUAGAAAUUUUGAUACAAUAAAAAAUGGUAUACCUUUAACAGCAUUUAAAUCAUUUAGUGAAAAAUUAAGAAA